GAAUGCCAAGUGUAAACUUCUAUUGCUAGUAGGCAGGCCAAGUUGUCUCUCCAAAUUGGGUCUGAAAGAUCUUUCAAGCUCUCCCUUAAUGGUGAAUUGCCCCUAGAAGCAACUGGAAGUUCUUGAUUUGAGCCAUAACAAUUUUCAAGGCCAGUUUCAAUGGCUCCUUCCAUGGAGAAUAUAAUUUUUUUCUUGUUUUAUUUUAAAUUUCAAACAAAUGCCUAUCUUGAACCUUUGAAAAAUGUAAGAAACUUCAAUUGAUCAGCAACGCUCUUAAGUUUUAAAUCAAGUUUUCAAUUAAUGGCACAAGAAGUACCGAUAAUAUUUUUAGAAAUCAGUUCUGUAUUCGCAUAUAUGUUUAUUUUCUGUGUAGCAUAUACCACAUCGAUUCUAACUAAAAUGAAGAAUUACUUACAAUUUUAACAAUUGAGAAUGUUGUCUUGUAAAUUUACGUGCUUUUAUUAUAAAAAAUAAUGCACCGUACAUCGGACAAAAUGAUAUAGCUGGUUCCUUCGUUUCUCUUUUUCCAUCCUUUUCCUUCCUCACCCAAGUUAAAAAUGCCAUGUUUGUAUAAUAUUUCAUUAAAAGAUCCAUACUGAACUCCAAAUUUCAUUUUUCUCACAACGAUUAAUGGUCCAUUUUGGAGGGUUCGAGAAUCCGUAAAUGGCAUGUUGUGUCCAACUUAUUUCAAUCUCUGCAUUGAAGAAUUAAAAUAGACAAGCUGGGAUGGAGUUCUGCCACUUACAUCAUAAAGAUCCAAUGCAAGAGUCUCGAGCACAUGCAAAUUAAGUUGCAUUUAUCCAUUGCCUGGAAAGGUUGCUUCCAAGAUCUGCAAUUUACAUGUUUGAGUCCUACUAUUAUAACUAGACAGAAAGUCAACGCCAGCAGAUUGGUUGUGUCAAAGUCUUUGUAUAGCAGCAUGUAUCCUGGAUCAUGUGAAUCUCAGAUUCUUAAAAUACGGACAGAGUAAAGUGUUUGAACUCCAAGUUGGCUAAGUCGAUCAAUCUUGCUAAUUUAGCUAGUUCAAAGACUGGAAGAGAUGGGCUACGUGAGAUUUUCUAAACAUCCUAUUUUGCUGGUUUUGGUGUGCGUCUUCCUUGGAAUGUUUGCUAACUCCAAGUGCAGCAGCAACAUCAGGCCUAUUCUAAUCAACUUUGGUGAUUCCAAUUCGGAUACUGGAGGUGUCCUGGCAGGCACUGGACUCCCAAUUGGCCUUCCCCAUGGCAUUACUUUUUUCCACAGAGGCACCGGCCGGCUAGGCGAUGGACGGCUUAUGAUUGAUUUCUUCUGCGAACACUUGAACCUGAGUUAUUUGAGCCCAUAUUUGGACUCAUUGGCACCAAAUUUCACAAGUGGAGUGAACUUCGCAGUAAGUGGAGCAACCUUGCUGCCACAGUUUGUGCCUUUUGCACUAGAUGUUCAAGUUCGCCAAUUCAUUCGCUUCAGAAAUCGUUCUCUUGAACUCCUAUCACUGGGUUCCAGAAACUUAAUUGAUGAAGAUGGAAUCCGUAAUGCACUUUAUAUGAUCGAUAUUGGAGAGAAUGAUCUCUUGCUAGCCCUGUAUGCAUCAAACUUAACAUAUGCACCAGUUAUUGAAAAAGUCCCUUCGUUUCUUGCAGAAAUCAAACUAGCUAUUCAAAAUAUAUAUCAAUAUGGUGGCAGAAAAUUUUGGAUACACAACACUGGGCCAUUAGGCUGUGCCCCUAAAGAACUUGCAUUACAUCCACAUAACAGCACAGAUCUUGAUCGAAUUGGAUGCCUUCGCAUCCAUAAUGAUGUUGCAAAGGCUUUUAAUGAAGGGGUUAACAAUGUCUGCAAAGAACUAAGAUCAGUAUUCAAGGAUGCAACUAUUGUUUACGUGGACAUAUACACGAUCAAGUACAAGCUCUUUGCCAAGUACAAAAAAUAUGGUUUUGAAGAUCCAUUCAUGGCUUGUUGUGGUUAUGGGGGGCCUCCAAACAAUUACAAUGUAAAAGCAACAUGCGGCCAACCUGGUUACAGCAUCUGCAGAAAUGUAUCAAGAUCCAUAGUCUGGGAUGGAGUUCAUUAUACCGAAGCUGCCAAUCGUGUGAUUGCAACAAGUAUUUUAUCUACAUGUUAUACUACACCUCGAGUAAAGCUUGACCAAUUUUGGCCAGACAACUAAGUGGCCUAGCUGCUGCUGCUGCUGCUGCUGCCUCCAUGAGUUCUUUUUGAUGUGGCUACAUUUCUAAAUGCUGCCUCCAUAAAUAGAUCCAAAUGCUUGUCUAAAUCCAUGAUCAAAUCAGAAAUACUUUGGGUUUUUUGUUUUUGUGUGAAAACGCUUCUUUGCCCUCUUACUAGAUAUAUAGACAUUGGUGGGACAUAAAGGGGAAAAAAAGGGGGAAAUGGUGUCUGAAUUGCUUCAGGAUCAUAUAUAAGGCCAAAUCCACCAUCAAUCUAGCUCUGAUAUUGCUUCAAUAAUUACUGGGAAUGGGAAACUACAUUUAUUGA